AUGAAAGGUCGCCGAGAUAAUCUUGCUAAGAAAAUUCCCCCGCAUAAUAAUAUGAAGGGUCAGCACAUUUAUAAGGCUGUUCCACAGUCUGGUUUUAAUUUUGAACUGUUGUCAAAUGCCAAGCUCAACAAGGAUGACCUUAUCAAAGAGGUUAAAAAAAUUAUUCCUAACCAUUAUCUUAAGGAAAAUUGUGCAGAGAGUAUCAAACAUAGGCCAGAACGAUUGGAACAGGAGCUCGAUGACCAGUAUUACUCGAUCUGUUUUUCUGUUAAUUUAAAUGAUGCUUUAAAAUAUAAUAAUAAAUCUUUUAUGAUAGCUUAG